AUGGUGCACAUUAGCAGUAUAGCAGUCGGUUUUGUUGCGCUAUGUUCUCUGGUUUCGGCAGACAUUGUCAGGAUUCCAACGAAAUUAUCAUACAGGACGGCAUCCGCACCAAACCUUGGAGCAUCAGUAAAGCUAGCCGUCGCUGCUGAUGAGGGGCUUAAAUAUUCGGGUGCUCUUGUUGGAACCGUGAGCUUGGGUACUCCUGCUCAAACUUUUGGAGUCAUUCUUGAUACAGGAUCGCAAACAUUCUGGGUCAGAGGAUACAAUUGUGUUCGAUCAGCUUCAUGUUUGGCUACCGACACUGGAUUCAAUCCUACCAAAUCAACAACCUACGUUGCUGGUUCGGCCGUAUCAUUUGAAUUGGGUCCCUACGGUGAUGGAUUGGAUGCAUUUGGUCUUGGAGGAAUAGAUACUAUGGUUAUGGCUGGUAUUUCAGUCGCCAAGUCGCCAUUCUACUAUGCUACAAAUAUUACAGUUGGCUCCAGUUCAUUGGGUGCUGAUGGUAUCAUGGGCAUCCCCGCUGCCAAUUUGGCCAAUUCCUCAUUUGAUCAACAAUAUGUUCCAGGCACUUUGGCAGCUGCAGGUGCUCUGACAUCAAACAUUUGGGGCUUUUGGUAUAACAACUCCCAAACCACCGUGGGAACCAAUUACCUUGAUGGGCAAUUAAGUUUGGGUGGAAUCGACACCGCUUUAUAUACGGGCUCAAUCAGUUGGGCCCCAUUAUUGUGGCAACCUAGCACCCUUCCAGCAGCCCUCAUUUCGUUAUCAGCUUACUGGUUUGUUUCAUUGACAAGCAUAACAGUUGGUAGCAGUGGAAAUGUAUUGUCAACUACAACUGCCCCAGCAUAUGCUGGUCAAAAGUCCAGUUCCGGUUUCGCCAUCAAUGGUGCUGGUGAAAUUCCAUUCUUGGUUGACACUGGAACCACUUUAACCAUCUUGCCAACUGGUGUUGUUGCUGCUAUUGCAUCAGCACUCAAGGCUAAAACAUACGCUGGUGCUGGUACCACUGGCGUGUAUGGACCAAAUUGUAAUUCAUUGGCGUUUACCUCAUAUCCAAAUAUUACAUUCACAUUGGGAGGACAAACACUAACCGUGCCUCCAACUGGAUAUACCAUCCCCGAUAGCAAUAACAACUACUGUAAUGGAUUCUUCAUCUUCCAAGGAAGUGCCAGUGCCCCAUUGAAUGGCGGUAUCUUGGGUAACUUACAACAGAGUAACUACUACAACCUCUUUGAUUGGUCUGGCCGUCAAAUUGGGUUUGCAACUCCCUCGGUGACCGGAGCUGGGUCUGGAACCUCGUUUAGCAAUAGUACAACAUCACCUGGUACUGGCAGUGGCACUGGUACUGGUACUACGACCGGCUCGACCAAGUCUUCAGCUCCAGUGAGAAAGAGUUCUGGCACUGUGAUGGCAGCCUUGGCCUUGGCUGCCGUGUCCGUCCUCUUCUUGUAG